CUGACGGGAACCACACACCCCACCGGGUGAUUAUGGGCGUGAUUCAUUAUUUCCUAGCUUAGAUAUUUUAUUCUUGCAGUUGCACUCCCUACCAGUGGAAAUGGCAUCGUUUCAAAUUCGACAGCGACAAACUCGUCGACGAUGGCCUCCAACUCCACGCAUUCCUCGAUGCAUACCUCGAACUUGAAAACAACCUCGACUCGCAAUAAGCUGACAUAUACACUGACAAGCAAGACUAUAUCAGAGUUACCGACCAGCAGCAAAGAGACAUCGACGUCUACGACGGCAUAUCUCCCGACUCCGACUACACCAACAACGCCCCGGUUUAAUACGACUACUAUACCUCAGAACUCAUCUCUCACUCGGGUGAUCACAGAGAUAUUAAAUGGCACGCAUAAAGAGGAAUUUGGAGGCACUGGAUAUGCCAAAGCAAACAAUCUUACAAGCGUGAGCCUUGCAAGCUUGAAUACAAGCAAUACUCUUGCUGCCGCGGAUGCUUUUGCAUCCGACAUGUUCCGUUUCGCUGACCGUCAGAAUAUAUCCGAGGCACGCUGGACGUCUAUGAUCUGCAGUCCUUCUGCUUUCGAAGAUGCCAGCAAGAAGUUGGCUCCCAUAGAUCUCGCCGCGCUAGAACAGACAUGCGCGAUCGUCGCCUCGAAUGGGGCUAACAACACGUUCAACUACUUCUCCAACUCCACUGGGAUUCGUCCUUACAACAUCAGUAGAUUUUCACCCGAAUCCUCGUUGCGACGCCUAUCCAAAGCAGCGCCAUUUGCGCUCCCCCAGUUUGGCCGUGGUUGCAUGGACGACUUCGGCUACUUUGAGAUGACGGCUGCCAACCUGGAGGAGUCUGGCGUGUGGGAAUGGUACCAAGCAUGGACGCAGGAGGCAAGCUCAGGGCCGCUGGGGCCGCGAUUUGCGGCAUAUGGCGAGGUGAGACUUUUUGGCCAUGUGUUCUUGGGAGAUGAUGAUUAUGAUUGUGGCUUGGAGAUGGGUGGCUGCACGAGGAGGCCAAGCUGUAGCACCAUCAUGAUGCAGUACCAAGGCGAUAAAGAGUUGGCACGGAAGGUGUAUUUUGUGAUGAAAUUGCACAACACGGUUAACCUGGUGCUGAAGACCUACUAUGACACUCUUUUGGCAUCGCACGUAAAUGUUGGAGGCUACAUCGACCCUAUCAUCACGACAUGCACACAGAGGGUCUCAGGAGAAGCAACCAAGACAUGCACCUUCAUCCGCACCAGCGUCAAAAAUGUAAACGACUUCGUCACUGAAAUAGGAAUCGCCGCCAUGAUGAGCAGUAUGGUUCUCGCCUCGCCAACCGCAACGCAGCUCGUUCCUGGCAAGAUUCUCGACAUGCCCGCCCCAGUAUUCAUCUUCAGCAAGGCCCUGCGCAUCUGGCGCAUGUGGAACGCGAAGGCACUUGCUGGCCCAUCGCCCGAACGCCUCUGCGAGGGCCUUGGUAUGAUUAAAACAGAUGACCCGACGCAGAUCACUGUGUUGAGGAACGCCCUACUCGCAGCGAGCCAGGCCUUCCGCAAGUCUUUGAGCGCGAGCACGAAGCAGCUCAAUCGCGGAACGUUUUUUGAUAGUGGCCCUUCGGUAUUAUCAUCUAUGAUAGCCUCCCCCAUCUGGGCCAACGAGACUGGAGUCGUCCAAAUACUCACGGACCCUUAUCAAAUGGAAGACCUCAUGACAACAGCCAUGAAAGAAGGCCUGAUGGCCGCUUCCUACCGCGCCGCCAAAUGCUUCAUGAAAUGUAACUCCCAUCCCCAAGCUAAGAUGUUCUGCGACGGCUUCAACGACUGGGAAUUCAGUGCUGCUGCACGCGAAAAAUAUGGCGACCCUGGUGAUGGCCAUGACCCACAAUCCCCCAAAUCCGAUCUUGAGCGUCAGAUGCGGAUCUGUCCGCGCCCGGACAAAGUAUGCCAAAUUGAGUGCUGGUCACAGGAAAAGCGUGGCUUCAGCAUGCCCAUGCACGGCUUCGAUACCGUACAGGGUGCUCCGCUCAAUUUCGGUGUCAAGGAUGCGAUGGCGCGCCUAUAUGAGUAUUACAAGACUCGCGGCAAUGCGGAUCCGUAUCUUGACUGGGGUGGUGAUGCAUUGGGGGAUAUCGAAGGCGGCGCUCCGCGGUUCUGGCUCCCUGUUUGUGAUUCUGACGCGGGAUACGUGCAUAUCGCCGAUUGGGGCCACCAGGGAAGCCACCUGUCGGACAAUGUUGAUCGCCGUGCCUUCCCGCUGUCAUGUGGAAACUAUCGCUCUGAUGAAACGGAAGAGUUCAUUCGCGCUGUGGGGAUGGAUAAUUUAGCAACCAAGCCUCCUUUCCCGCUUGAUCCAUUUUAUAAGGUCUACGCACCGAAGACACUAAGCGCCAUCAUCCAGGCACCUCUGGACUCCUUCCUUGCCUUCUGUGCUCUAGGCAUUGCGUAUCCCCAGGAUGCCCCACACGCAGCAGCUAUAACACCCUUCCGCUUCCAGCGCGAGCACUCGCGCUUUUGCGAGCCUAUAAUUGCUGAGACGCAGGGAAUGGAAUGGUACGUUGCAAACAUGCAUUUCUGUGAACACAGUGAGGCUGCGCAGGAGCUUUUCAAGGCGCAGCUUUCGAUGCCAGCGAAGCAUGUGUCGGGUAUGGGGGUUGUCGUGAACCAUAAGGAGUUGUGUGCUAGGUGGGAGAGCAAUGAGAAUGAGAAAUCAGUGCAUAUAGAGACUGAGAGUGGGGGUUAUGCAAUUGGAGUUGAUAUUGAAAGAGGGAAGGGAGGGCGAGAGUAUUCUGUGGGGAUUGGCACAAAGGAAGUGAAUGAGAAGGAGAAAGAGAAGGAGGAAGAAGAGAAGGAGAGGAGUGUGGAUAAAGGGAAGGGGAAGUGGAAGGAGAAGUUGAAGUCAAAGGGAGACGUGGGAAAAGAGAAGGGAAAGUGGAAGUGGAAGUGGAAGGGAGGCGAGGGGGAGAAAGAGAAGGAGAAAGGAAAGUGGAAGGUAAAUGGAAAACCAGGGUAGGGAUAGAGAUGGAUGACGGGGAUUGAAGUUUUUAAGCCGAAUCUAAGAUUGAGGUGUGAUUUACGAUUUUCUAGGAGUUGCUUGCCUAUGGGUUAUAGUUUGGUUUAGUUAGCACAUACCCCC